AGAGUAGUGCCAUUGAAGUGAGUCAUCUAACGACGUGACCUGUAGAAGUAGCACUGAAGUUCACGUAGUCGCCGAAAUCAGUUCAUCAAAGUCCAGAGCGGUACACUCAUCACUGCCGUGAGUCACUGCUAUAGGGACAGGACUAAACCUACGAGAGCACAGAGUUCACUGAAGAAAAAUUAGGUAAAAGGCAUCGCUUUGCUUGGAAGUGCUUUUUUGCCACUGAAGACACUCUGAUCGUGUGGGAAUUGAUUAUCAACCUUCUGAAAUCUCCUCCUCUUUCCCUGGAUCAUGUACCAGGAUUACAUCGGGACAUACGACACGUCCUCCCGCGGAAGCAGCAGCUCACCGGCGCACCCGGACACCAGCCCCAUUCCCGCCUCGAACUACCAGAAGUACAGAGUAGACAUGCCUGGAUCUAGCAGUGCCUUUAUUCCAACAAUAAAUGCCAUAACGACCAGUCAGGACCUGCAGUGGAUGGUUCAGCCCACAGUAAUCACAUCCAUGUCUAAUCCAUAUUCCCGGCCUCACCCGUACGGCCUUUCUGUGUCUAGUGGCCCGAACCUCCUCGGCCACACAGCCCUCACACGGCCCGGGGUCAUCCGGUCCAUCGGUGACACACGUGGGCGACGCAAGCGGGACGAGCAGCUCACCCCAGAGGAAGAAGAAAAACGGAGAGUUAGACGAGAAAGAAACAAACUAGCCGCAGCAAAAUGUCGGAACCGCAGAAGAGAACUGACCGAGAUGCUGCAAGGGGAGACAGAGAAGUUAGAGGAGGAGAAGGCUGACCUGCAGAAAGAAAUCGAGACCCUGCAGAAGGAAAAGGACAAGUUGGAGUUCAUGUUGGUGGCCCACAACCCCGUGUGCAAACUGCCUCCUGAAGAACGCCAUCAGAACUCGCACUCCCAGCAGUGUGCGCCCCUCCCUCUGACCAUGCGCUCCAACCUGGGUCCCCGGCGACCGAUGAAUACCCUCAACCCAGUGGUGGUUAAACAGGAGCCUUUGGAAGAAGACGACGACGAUGAGGAAGAAGCAAAAACCCAGCAUUCAGUCAUCAAGCCCAUCUGUCUAGGUGGCGGCUUGUUUUGUUCUGACGGAGACAGCCUCAACACCCCUGUGGUGGCUGCUUCCACCCCGGUGUCCACCUCGAGUAACCCAAGCCUCAUCUUCACCUACCCCAGCAUGCUUGAGCCCGAGAGUCCUUCGCCCUCGUCGGAGUCCUGCUCCAAAGCCCACCGCCGCAGCAGUAGCAGCGGCGACCAAUCCUCAGAUUCCCUAAAUUCUCCCACCCUGUUGGCGCUUUGAAGGAAACGUUCUUUACCAUCCUCGUGGAUCUCCAGAGCACCCUCCGCUGCGAUUUGAGUGAGGACUUCACCUCAGCAAAGCUGAGAACCCUCAAGGGCUAAUUUGCUCAUUUGAUUUAAGCGUUUCAGAAGAGAGUUUUUGUUGUCAUCGUUGAAAUGUAUGUGCAAAUUCCACUCGCUGUUUCAGCUACAAAUAGUGCUGAGUUUCUGGAAUGAAGACGAAAAAAGCGGGAGUACAGAUUUCAUCUUUCAUCUUUAGCAAGACUCAGUGCGACUUGCAGUCGGCUGCCUGUACAGAAGAGCAAGAUAUUUCCUGUCUGUCUCGCAAAACUGAAUUCUUGAUAGGUACAAAAUAAGAUAUUGGACACUACGGUAGAUCGCUGCCCUCAAAACAUCAUCUUUGUAUUUGUGACGUCUGAUUAUUGUCUCUUUGUAUUUUAUGUCCUGCUGUUUAUAAUAUUUAGGGUUCACUGGAUGAGCCUCACUGCUGAGUGUCGAAAGAACCAUCUUGUAUAAUAAAAUGCUGACCUUUGAUGAUAUUUUGUAUAUGCGGCGCAAGCACUAAGAUAAUUUGCCAAAUUUACAUAGCUUUUGUUUUGUAAAGCAAAUAAAUAAAUAAACAAACAAACAAACAAACACUUUCUAGCAUCAGCGAAUCUACUGUCAGGGAUUGUGUCAGUGAGCCAUAAGCAUUACUAGAAGCAAUUGCACAGAGAACACAUUAUAACGGUGUACAUGAGGGAAACUCUAGCCAUAUUAGGCUCUGCCUCUUACCCUGACAUGGCAAUACCGCUUUUGUAUUGGCGCACACUGUGGUUUUCAAACAAUAAUAAUAAUAAUAAAAAAAGAUUACUUUUAUAAUAUGUACUUUUAUGUCUUGAUUGGCCCUUUUUUCAGGGUACAGUUUAAACUGAAUCAUAUAUCAGCCAUAUGAGCACUUCUCCCUGAAACACUGGCUGGCUUUUUUUGCCACACUUGGGAACAGAUGCUCUUUGUCAGCAACCUUACAAUCAAGUAAAACGCCAUUAUUUACAGUGAUGGAUUAAACAGGGAACGCAAAAUGAUUUUGAACAUUUGAUGCAGAAGGUGAGUGUGGUGUGACACUGACACUGAUCAGACGCUGAAGAAAAGACACACGUUGCAAUAUUUCUUGAAAAAAAAAAAAACAUUCCUUGGAAAAGAAGAUUGAACUUCAGAGAGAUCUCAAGGUUACUGUUGCUACAGUCAGAUUAUAACUGAGGGGUAUGUGAGUAUUUUGUUGUACAGGAUGCAGCAAACUGAAACAAAACAAAUCAAAUGUGGCUUCUGUUUGAAGGACUUUGUUGCUUUAUUUAUGUCAGCAACUUUCAAGGAUCUAGGAGAUAAUUUCAGUGUUUGUUAAAUGGAGUAUGAGAGAUUAUAGUUGCGAAAACCAAUUUAAUACCCAAAAAAAGAAAAAAAAAGACAAUGUUUAAGGACUGCGUGCUGUAAACUGUUCUCUGUUGGUCUUUGAAACCUGUGUGAUUUGAGCAAGCCAUCUGUACAGCUUUCUGCACAUGUCCUGCUUAUUGGUGUGUAUUCUCUCUCUCUCUCUCUCUCUCUCUCUCUCUCUCUCUCUCUCACUCUCUCACUAUCUCUUUAUUGCUUUAACUGUUGAAAGACAGAAAACAACCUACAAAAACAGCAAUAUGUAAGGCAGUGUUGUUCCUUUGAUAAUACAUUUAAAUUUAUUAUUAUGAUAAUAAAACCAUUUCCAAAGUGGUA